CGGAACGAUACUUUUAGCGUCGCACAAGUGUUCCGUCCGGCUGUUAGGUAUGUUUCAAAGGACACACUUGAAAUGUAAUAUCGCAGUUUUUUAUGAUUGUUUUUGCUCUUAGCUCGUAUUAUUUAGAUUUUCAAUGGAAUAUGGCUUUGUUGACUGUCACUGUCAUAUGUCAGCCCGUGAGUUUGAAGAGGAUCUGGAGGAUGUGAUCCAGAGGACCACAGAGGCCGGGGUAGAGACUCUGGUUGCUGUUACAGAGGAAGUCGGAGAGUUUGCCAGAGUUCUCCAGCUGCAGGAACGUUAUCCACAUCUGGUGGCUCCAUGCCUCGGCAUACAUCCGCUGCAGGGCGGCGGGGGCCCCGGGCAGCGCAGUGUGAAGCCUCAGGACCUGGAUGCUGCCCUGCCACAGUUCUACAAACACAGAGGACGCCUCGUCGCUAUUGGAGAGAUUGGUUUGGACUUCACACCAUGGUGUGCUCCCACUCACCAGGACAGAGAUGACCAGAUGAAUGUCUUCAUUAAACAGCUAAAUGUCGCCAAGGAGCUGGACCUCCCUGUGAACGUACACUCACGAUCAGCUGCUAAGGUUACCAUAGAAACCAUGAGAGAACAAGGUAUCAGUCGAGCUCUGCUUCAUAACUUUGCGGGGAAGCCGUCGGUCGCUCUGGAAGGUGUGAAGGCUGGUUACUUCUUCUCAUUUCCACCUGCUGUCUGCAGGAACCAACAGAGAGACAAGCUGAUCCAGCAGAUCCCACUGGAACACAUCUGUCUUGAAACUGACUCUCCUGCACUGGGGCUCGACAAGCAGGUGAGGAAUGAGCCCAGUAACAUCGCUCUGUCCUGCCGGUACAUCGCUAACCUCAAAGGUCUGUCACCACAAACGGUUCAGCUCGUCGCCGUGCAAAAUGCUUACAGGCUUUUCCCCAAGGCUAACAGACGCUAACGCUCACAUACGGCGCACAACUUUCUGAAAUGCAGGGUUUGGCCUGAGGGUGGCGCCACAUGACACUUACGUCACAGUCUGCCUGUCAGGCUCAGCUCUACACUUCAUCGCUGUAGGCUGUGCUUUGUUAGGCUCAGCUGUGUUCUGAGCUUAAUACUAACUUUUGCAUGCAAAUAAACCUUUUUAGCACAUAAUGUACAAUGUUGGUAAUGAUAGUAUGACAGACUACAUGUAGUAUGUCUAUGUUAACAGUUAGCUCCAUGUACAGCUAGGGCUGACAAACGUUAAAUAAUACACACAAGUGGAAACAAACACAAACAAAUCUUCAAGCCAAACAUCAACUCUUGCAGUACUCAUGUAACUCGUGUUUGAUGACCAGUGUUGGAUUGAGUUCAUGAGUUUAUGUUCACAGAUGACAUAAUGUCUGUAGGAUAUCGUAUUAGGAUGUAUUCUGUUCUCUGUUAAUGGAAAUAAAAUCCUGAAAGUUGAA